AUGGGAGCCGUGCUCGCACCCUGCGCGGAGCUCGUAGAGCCGUCCUCGAAGUUCGAGCUUUGUGCACAAGUUAGUGCAGACAACCUGAACGACGAGUAUGUCUCUAUGCCGAUUGAAAGUGUGGCAGCUCUGAAAGACGACCGAAUAAGCCCAUGGACACAGCUCAAGGACGAGACUCAGUUUCACUGCUGUGUCACUGAGCAGCAAGCUCCCAUCGAGUACGUGGCAGACACCAUGGGUGCGGAAGUCAUCGUCGAUCAGCCCCGCAAAGGUAGCCAGAGACGUUCACAUGAUCUUCAGUGA